UGUGGGGCCGCGAUCCUCUACAUCCUUCUGCAACCUCUGCAUCCCUGCAGAGGAAUGCAGAGCAGGGGCAUAAGGAUGCAGUUGGCAGUGGGGAGCAGGGGCCUCGUGAGCUGUUCGCCGACAUCCGUAGUUUUUGAGGCAAGCGAGAGCAGUCUCGGCACCACGGGCCUCAGCGGACUGCGGCCGGCAGCGCCGCCACCGCGGCGCCGCCACCGACACGGGGCCGCCGCCUCGCCAGCGGGGCCGCCACCGGCGGGCAUGCUGCAGCCGACGCGCGGGGCCGCCGCGCCGUCUCGAGUGCGAUUGCCGCUCGCCCCGCGGCAGGCGCCGGCCGCAGCGGCGGCGGCGCCCGCGCCGAGCGGGAGCGCGGCGCGCCCGCUGGCCGCAGGGCUCGCGGCCGCCGCCGCGGCGUCGGCUGACGCGGCCCGCAGGCCGAGGCGGCGACGCGGCGCCUCGCGCCUCCAGGCCUGGCGGGCCUCCUCGCCCCUCCGGACCCUGCACAAGGCCAAAGGCUACGACCCGACGCUGUCGGGGACGCUCGACGUCGGCGACGGCUUCGGGCUCUACUACCAGGAGCACGGCUGCCCAGACGGCGUGCCCGUCGUCUUCCUCCAUGGGGGCCCCGGGGCGGGCGCCACCGAGCGCAUGGCGACGCUGUUCGACCCAGAGAAGUACAGGAUCUUCUCGGACCAGCUGGAGGCCAACACCACCUGGCACCACGUGGAGGACCUCGAGCGGCUGCGGGAGCACCUCGGCGUCGACCGCUGGGUGGUCUGCGGCGGCUCCUGGGGCUCCUGCCUCGCGGUGGCGUACGCGUCGCGGCACGCCGGCCGCGUGCUCGGCAUGGCGCUGCGCGCCGCGUGCCUGUUCCGGGACGAGGAUCAGGAGUUCGACUUCUUCCUGGGGCCCGGGGACGGCGCGAGGACGGCGCUCCCGGACGCGUGGGCGCGGCUGACGGGCUGGCUCGGCGAGGGCGACCGCCGGUCCGCCCACGGCAUCGCCCGCGCCUUCCGCAGCGCCGCGCUGGGGGAGCUCGCGGCGCUGUCCCCCCAGGACGCCGUGAGCAAGUGGUCCGCCUGGGAGUUCGCGCUGAUGGGUGCGCGGCCUCCCGCGCAGGUCCGGAGGGGGGAGGUGACGCUGCAGCGCGGCGAGGGCGUGGCCGAGGCUCCGCAGACGCCGUGGCCCCGCUUGGACGCCGGCAGGGUCCAGGCGCUCACGACCAUCCACUACGUCGCGGAGCGGGGCUUCUUCCCCCAGGGCUUCUCGCUGCUGGACGAGGCCCAGAGGUUCGAGUUCCCGCUCUACAUUGUGCACGGGCGCCGCGACUGCGUGUGCCCCGUGCGCAACGCCAAGGACCUGGCCGCGGCCGUGCCGAGGUCCGAGCUGCGGAUCACCGCUGGCGGCCACUCCCAGUGGGACGCGGAGAACGUGGACGCGUUCGUGGACGCCACGGACCGCUUGGCCUCCGCCGUGCGGGAGCUGGCCUGA